CUAACCACCAAAACCUAAAACCGCGAAGAAAUCAAACCAAAUUACCAAAAAUGGAGACGACCACGAAGAUUGGCGCCGGAGGAAGGCGAGGCGGCGAGCGGAAGAAGUCGAUACCGAAAUCGGUGAAGGCGGGGCUCCAAUUUCCGGUGGGUCGGAUCGCCCGUUUUCUGAAAAAGGGUCGGUACGCGCGGCGCGUGGGGUCCGGAGCUCCGAUCUACAUGGCGGCGGUUCUGGAGUAUCUAGCGGCGGAGUUGCUGGAGCUGGCGGGGAAUGCAGCGAGGGACAAUAAGAAGGGAAGGAUUAUCCCUCGGCAUGUGCAGCUGGCGAUUAGGAACGACGAUGAGCUGGGGAAGCUGCUGCAAGGAGUGACGAUCGCCAAUGGCGGUGUGUUGCCCAACAUUAAUCCUGUGCUUCUCCCUAAGAAAUCUUCUUCUUCUACGGAGGCUACGAAAUCGCCGAAGAAAGCUUAAACCUAUCAUUAUAUCUAUAUGUAUGUAUAUUGCGUCGAAUUUGUUUUUGGAUUCGGAUACAUAAUUAAUGUUUACUUUGGAAUAAGAGUAAACUUCCAUGGAAAUUUAUAAACCAAAAUUUUUAGUUCUUGUUAA